AUGGCAUUAUCUUCUGGUCAUUGUAUUUCAAGUAUUAUCUGCAAGGAUAAAAGGAUUCUUUAUGAAAACGUCAACGUGUCUCUUCUUUUCCAGCUCAACAAUCCUAGAAAAAUUCUCCCGGUCAUCUGGGAUAGUUUCCACGUCGCAAAUUUUAACAGAAGCUUUUUGAAUUACGUCUCUAGUAGGAUUAAGGAUUUAGAGAAUACUCACAACUUGAACUGGAAUGAGACCAUAAGCAGUAGUCGCUUCUUUGUGAUUAUAUUUUGGUUCGAAAAAAAAACAAAAAACAAAAAGAAACGAGAUACGAAAGCUGAAGUACUGGCUGAAAAAGUUAAGAAACAAGUCCAUGAGACGUAUUUAGAUGAUGAUGAUGAUUAUUAUCUGGUACAAAGACUAUAA